AUGUUCAUGGCAGCGCAGCAGUACUCCCGAAACUUCACUGAUUCCAAACAAGGCCCUGGACUUGCAACACAACUGAAGGAAACACCAUUUAAGGAGGAGCUAGAAAAACUGGAAGUAUGCGGCCAGAGGACUGUAGGAUUGUGGAGGACGCCUGGGCGCCUACCGCUAGAAACGGAGAACAAGAGCCCUGAGUACGACCAGCUCUACGAGGAGCACACACGCACCUCCUAGGAGCUGCAGAUGAAGUGCACCGCCAUCAAAGCCUUCAAUGAAACCAUCAAGAUCUUCGAAGAGCAGGGCCAGACUCAAGAGAAGUGCAGCAAGGAGUACCUGGAGCGCUUCUGGCGUGAGCACAGUGAAAAAGAGAUGCAGAGAAUCCUGUUGAACUCAGAAUGGCUCAAGUCUCACAUGGCCAAGAUCCAUGAGAGCCGCACGAAGCUGGAACAGGAGCUUCGGACACAGGCCUUGGACAACCGGGAGAUUGAUAAGAGCAUGAACAGCCUGAAGCCAGACCUCAUGCAGCUGCACGAGAUCCAGUUGGUAUGGCUCACCCAGAAAGGUGCCCGGCAGAAGAAAAUCACCGAGUGGUUGGGAAUCAAAAAUGAGCCUGAAGAGCAGUAUGCACUGAUGGAGGAUGAGGAUGCUCCUCACCUUGAGGAACGAACCUGGUAUGUGGGCAAGAUCAACCGCUCGCAGGCUGAGGAAAUGCUGAACGGCAGGUGGGAGGGUACCUUCCUCAUCCGUGAGAGCAGCCAGCGGGGCUGCUAUGCCUGCUCUGUGGUGGUGGAUGGCGAUACCCAGCACUGUUUCAUCUACCCCACGGCCACUGGCUUGGUUUUUGCGGAGCCCUACAACCUGUAUGGGUCUCUGAAGGAGCGGGUGCUGCAUGACCAGCACACCUCCCUCGUGCAACACAAUGAUGCACUUACCCUCACACUGAUACAACCCGUGCGAGCCCAGGACCCGCCCACCCACCCAACCACCCAGCCUGCUGACUCAUACAGAGCAGGACUCCAUCUUUCUCUCUUGGUCCUGAGUCCUGUUGAAGAGCAGUUUGCAAAGACCAAAAGUUCAACUCAGAAAUUUCAGAAAGCGAUAUGGUCUAAAACUCAGCCAGUACAGGACUCCUCCCCAUCUUACCCUAUCUCCACCACUAGCAGAUUACAUCGAAUAUGUUAUCAAUUCAAAAAUAAAUUUACCAGUGCCAUGAAUCAGUUGCUCAUUAUCGCUGCCCCUUACCUGUGCAGCACCUUCAAGCGAGGAGUAAACAGCCUUGGGAAAGAGAAAGAUGCUGAACAAGAGCCAUCUGCACGCAGAGAAAGCAUCCCCACGGGGACCCAUUCCCGCCUGGUGUCUGAGUGGAAGCUCUCAGAAGCCAUGGUAACAAGGCCUAGACACAUCAGUAGCAAAUGGAAAUAG